CCUCAGGCAUCCAACUCCCACGGCAAAAUCCGGUACAGUCUUCGUCCUAACCUCCCUGCUACUCUCUCACUCCCACCACCACCUCUCCCCUCCCCCCUCCCUCCAUUGAUCCAGGUCAACUCUCUCACAAUGGCAUCCCUGUCCAUCUUCCGUGUUGCGACGCGUGCCGUCCGACCUGCCAGCUUCUACCGUGCUCCCCAAUUGACCCGGUCCCGGAUGCAGGCCCCGGUGGCCCUGGCGACCCGCUCCUUCGGCACCACCCCCAAGCUCCGCUCCGGCCACGAGGACGAGACAUACGAGGAAUUCUCUGCUAGAUUCGAGAAGGAAUUCGAUGGUGUGCAGGACGUUUUCGAGCUCCAGCGCAACCUGAACAACUGCUUCGCCUACGAUCUCGUCCCCUCUGUCGAGGUCCUCACCGCCGCCCUCAAGGCCGCCCGCCGUGUCAACGACUUCCCCACCGCCGUGCGGGUGUUCGAGGGCGUCAAGGCCAAGGUUGAGAACCAGGAUCAGUACAAGCAGUACCUCGAGGCGCUGGAGGGUAUGCGCCAGGAACUCGGUGUCGCUCUUCGGGAAGAGCUGUACCCGCAGGAGGAGUAA